CCUGUUCGCUCGACCGGUCCUCGACUGCGCCCCGUUGAACUGUGUGUGUGGUUGUCGCCUUUUGCUUUGGCUGCGUCCUUAAGCAUACCCGGCCAACCCCGCUACCACGACAUCUGCUACCCAUCAUCAUCAUCUAUCUACCUACCACCACCCGUCUGCCUCGACUUGAUCUCCCCCCUUCUCAGCCCUGCCUUCCCCUACCGCCUACCUACAUAUAUAUCGCCUCCCUUCACUUGUUGCCUCCCGCCACACCUCUCUGCACUUGCCCCCACCCCCACUGUCUCGUCUCGUCUCGUCUCGUUCAGCUCCAGCGCUUCGCAUCUCCGCGUCUGCCUACUCCACCGACCUCUUCCGUCUGCUGUUCUCCAUCCCAAACCCGUCCUCUCUGAACCCCCGUUAAUUCGCCCUUUCCACCCAACUUCCCCGCGGCCACAGCUGCUCCCAGUCAUGGGCAAAUCUCAAAGCAAGCUCUCUCAGCAGGAGCUGGCCGACCUCCAGAAAGCCACCCAUUUCGACAAGAAGGAACUGCAGCAAUGGUACAAGGGCUUUCUAAAGGACUGUCCCUCUGGCAUGCUCACCAAAGAAGAGUUCCAGAAGAUCUAUAAGCAGUUCUUUCCGUUUGGCGAUCCGUCGUCGUUUGCAGAUUACGUCUUCAACGUCUUCGAUGCGGACAAGUCGGGAACCAUUGAUUUCAAGGAAUUCAUCUGCGCUCUGAGCGUGACCAGCCGAGGAAAGAUGGAGGAUAAACUUGACUGGGCGUUUCAGUUGUACGACAUCGAUGGCGAUGGAAAGAUUAGCUACGAGGAAAUGCUGGCCAUCGUCGAGGCUAUAUACAAGAUGGUCGGAUCCAUGGUCAAGCUUCCCGAGGACGAAGACACGCCUGAGAAGCGCGUGCGCAAGAUCUUCCGGAUGAUGGACAAGGACGAGAACGGCAGCCUGGAUAUGGCGGAAUUCAAGGAAGGAUCCAAGCGUGAUGAGACAAUCGUGUCGGCUCUCUCGUUGUACGAUGGCCUCGUAUAGA